GUGGACGGUUUCAUCUGAGGAUGUCAGGAGGAGGGGGGGCACCCCGUCGCGGCGACAAGGAGGCACCAUGGGACGACAUGGUUAUUCCAGCGAUUGCCAUUCACGUCCACAGGUCAUCACAACUGAAUCGAAGCCAACACUGGGACAUUUACGAAGCCACUUUCCAAGGCACAAUCGUCGCCGUGCUGAGGUACCGCGAGUCCUCUCGCCAACAGGCAUUGUGGGAUGCCACGCUCCCGUAUAUUCCCCGACUAUUCGCCAGCGUGCAUCCAAACCUUGUGCAAUUCCUUGGGGUUGUCGUCGAUACCGACGACGUUCGUUCGUCGAUGCUCGUCAUGGAACGACAGGCUACGAGUCUGUACGACCUCCUCCAUGUCCACCAUAUUGCUCUUACUGACGCCGCAGUCGUACACAUUGCACUGGACAUUCUCCACGCCAUAACUUACUGCAACGGCUGCGGCCUUGGACACCUCACAAGUCGAAAGGUGCUGCUCGACGCCGGCGGCAAUGUCAAACUGCUCGGGUUGUUCCAGCGUGACAUUCUCGACAUCGCGGGGGUUCCAAACGUAAUCACCCCGUACAGUCCCCCGCUUCUUCAGCAGCCUCCUCCCGCCGACGCGAUUGCAAUGGCCGACGACAUGUUCGUGUUUGGGGUGCUGCUGUGGGAGGUGUGCUGCGGUGAGCUCCCGACGGUGGAGCUGCACCACCGCAUCGCCCAAGUGUCGGUGCGGCACCCGCAAACGGAAUUUGAAUCGUUGGUGCGACGUUGCCUGGACGAAACCCCUGGCAACCGACCGCAGCCUUCGGAGGUGUGCGACACAUUACUUAAGCUGCAAAUGUCACUACCCCUUCUUGCGGGCGCUGAGGCUGCGGUGGCCAUGCGAUUUGGAGCUGUGGAGGCCAGACAGUCCCCGACAGCGGCGCCAGGGCCGACUGUCGUAGCCCGGCGGCUCGAGGCUGUGGAGGCGCAAGUGCUCGAAGAACAGCGCAAUUUCGACGUCGUGGUCGGCCAACUCGAGUUUGCCAACACGGAAAUCGCAACGUUGAACGGGUUGCUGACUGGGAAAGAAAAUGAACGGCUGGAAAUGCAUGCACAGGUUGUGGCAGCGUUGGCACAGAAGGACGAGGUGGAGCAGGCCAUGCGCGAUGCCAUCGAUGCCAGAGACAAGUGGGCGCACCAAGUCAAGACGCUCGAGCACCAAGUGGCCACGCUCAAUGCACGGAAUCAAUCGCAACUGAAUGACAUGCAGCACUGCAAACGCGAAUACGAUCACAUGAGGGUGUCGGUCCAGGCAAUUGAACAGGAACGCGUGGAGAUGGCGCAACAUUUGGCGGCUACAAAAGACGCAAUGGCAAAGGAGAAAGCGCUCAGUGACGAGCUGAACGUCCGAUGGCAGCAAACGAUCAAGCGAGUGGAAGACGAACGAAGACUGCGUGACAAAGCAGAACGAGUUGUCGCCGAAGUGCGAGACCAAAACAAGACUUUGUUGGAUCAAGUGAAACGGUGGCAUCCAGACACUGGCAGCGACACCCUAGAACGGACUCAAGCCCACGACGCUCAAGUGCAAAGUCUCGAGCAGCAUAUCCAGAAGCUAUUGCUGGAGAUGGUCGAAUUUCGUGGGAACAUGGCAGCCAUGGAAGCUACGGUCCAAGCUGCCAACUCGGCGUUGCAAGAGGCUCAGACACAGUGCACGGCCCUGCAAGACCAAUUCACCACCACCCAACGCCUGCUGUGGCAAGCUCAAGAUGCAUGCAAAUCACACGAACGAACGAUCCAAUCUUACGAAACGACGACAGCUGCCCUCGAAACCAAACUCGUUUCGGUUCAAUCGGAACUGAAAGCCACCGAAAACGCUUUGACGCGGGAACUGAAAAAACGACAAGACGAAGAACUUGCACUAAAGUCCCGACGUUGCCUGGACUUGACGUGCGAUGCCCCGCCCUUCCUCAUCCAGCCGUCGGGGUACUGCAAGGGGUGCGAUGAAAGACGCGAGCGGGACAAGGCCGAUCGUGUGAGCAAACUCGCUUUGGCAAGGCAAAACCAGCCCCCCAACCAGCUCGUGCGAGAUGCAUAUGGGCGGGGGGUGCCAACGCUGUUGGAGUUGCUAGACAACUUCCACACCCACGUGGAUGUGCUCGUGGCUGGGUUCAAGCAAUUGCACUGGGCUUGUGAAACCAACGGGUCGGUGAAAGACUCGCUGGGCGACGCCGGGGCAUUCAAGCAGAUCGUGACUUGGAUGGGGAUGUAUCCUGAUGACGUGGCACUCCAGCUGGCCGCUAUUCGAUUGGUGGGGGUAUUGGCCUUCAACCACGAUGUGAAUAGAGUCCGGCUCGUGUGCGAAGGGUGUUUGGAGCAAGUUCUGGGGGCCAUGGCGCGGCACGUCUCGGACAAGGCCAUUCAGCAAGCCAGUUGCACGACACUGACCAAUUUGGCUCACAAUUGUGAAGGCAACCGGCGGAAAAUUCUGCUCCAGCUUGGCAUCGAACGCGUGCUCGACUCGAUGCAAGCGUUUCCUCACGAUACUUCGAUCCAACAAGGAUGCUGUUGGGCACUCAUCAGUUUAGCUGGCUCUGGUACAUUCUUACUAGAUGAAAUCGCCCUUUGCCCGAGUUGUCACUAUGGACUUGAUAGAAUAAUGUAUGUAGACUUUAUGUGCGAACACAUUGCCGCCCGCGGCGGUGUUGGCGGAAUCGUUGCUGCCAUGUUGAAUUGUCACGCCGACGCGGCAGUUCAGUAUUAUGGGAGCUGGGCCCUGCUCAAUCUCGUGGCAGGGCUCGAGUCCGUACAGACAUUUGCAAAACAUGAAGGGGCCGUGGAAGUGUGUGAGGCAGCGAUGGCUUGCUUUGCUGACCACGGAGGCAUCCAGGACAAAGCUGGCACCGUCGUGACAGUCCUCACGGAUAUAUCAGCGCAAGAGAACGAUACGGAGGAUAGUUAAACAACUAGUAUUACACUUGUCGAACGCUCAGGGCCACUCAAUCGUACGUCAGUGAAUGAAUGGCUGGCGUCAAGCCACG